CCUCGCUUACAAGUCAACUUCUGCUCUUGCUCUGGGUUAAGCACCAACCCUAUAAGCAUAAUGACUGCCAUUUUCUCCGUGAUGGCAACUCUGGCGCUGUGCCUCGUGGCUCUGGCGCUAGCCGCUCCUGCACCUCUGCCCGCACCCAUGCCGGUCGCAGCUCCACAAGCAACUAAUGUUCACGGACACAGAAGGGCCUUCCAUGGGAAAUUCGGUAACGGACAUGGAAAUCAAAGAAAUCAUGGAGGAUUCAGAGGCGAUGGAUUCGAAGACGAUACAUUCGGAGGUGGAAGAUUCGGAGGCAGUGGAUUUGGAAGCGGAAGAUUCGGCGGCUGACACUACUGAUUCAGUGAUAGACCAGUGGAUUUCAAGUGGGCUGAUUAAAUGUCACAUCAAUAUUAAAAGCUCAUUUAC